AUGAGUCAGCAAGGUUAUGUUGCCACCCCUCCAUACUCCCAGGCCCAGGCUGGGAUGGGGGGAUACCCUGCAGGUUUUGGGAACCCUCCACCUCAGUCGCAUUAUGGCACCUAUGGAUCUCCACCACAGGGCUACUCCGCCCCUCCGACAGGUGUGCUCAAGCCUCCUGCCUCCUCUUCUUCUGGGAUGCCUCCACCACCGGUAUCCAGCCAGUAUGGUGCUAACAUUCAGCAGAAUGGGGCCCAUCCCCACAGUUUCCCUCCUCCUGUUGCUUCAGCUCCUUCCAUGUCUCCUUAUGGACAGCCUCCUCAAAGUGCUUUUCAUAGUAUGGCACAAGCCCCGCCUCCAACUCAACAGCUGACCAAUCAAAUGAGUGCUAUGAACAUUGGAGGAUAUGGCCAAAGGCCCAUGCAGUUACCACAGUCUCCUUCCAGUUCAGCAGCACCACAACAGUUUCAAACUUCGCCACCUGCAGCAAUGGGACAUCCGCCCCUUUCUCCACCAGGACAGCAGCCGCUCUCUCUCGGCUCUCCUCCACCAAUGGCCACGAUGGGGUCUGUGACAGCUCCGCCAAUGGGAAUGUCUGGCCCACCUGGACCAGGUGUCCACCAACCACCACUGGGACCCCAAGGAUAUCCACAGCAACCAGGGAGCCCAAUGUCAGGCCCCUAUGGUGCGCAAAUGGCAGGACCACAGAUGGCAGGGCCACAAUCAGGCGCUUUCCCAGGAGGCUUUCCUGGAGGUCCAGCACAAAUGGCAGGCCCUCCUCAAAAGAAGUUGGACCCCGAUUCCAUUCCAAGCACGACGCAAGUGAUUGAGGAUGACCAGGUUAAGAGAGGAGGCCAGGUGUACGUCACAAACAUCAGAGGUCAGGUGCCUCCACUGGUCACCACAGAUUUCACAGUGCAAGAUCAAGGGAAUGCCAGCCCAAGGUUCAUGCGGUGCACAACAUAUUCCUUCCCCAGUACUGCUGACCUUGCAAAGCAGUGCAAAGUGCCUCUGGCAGCCAUCAUCAAGCCCUUCGCCAACGUACCCAAAAAUGAGACUCCUCUGUACAUUGUAAAUCACGGUGAGACUGGACCAAUCCGCUGCAACCGCUGUAAGGCCUACAUGUGUCCUUACAUGCAGUUUAUGGAUGGAGGACGACGCUACCAGUGUGGCUUCUGCAGCUGCGUUAAUGAAGUUCCAGUGCAGUAUUUCCAGCAUUUGGACCAUAUGGGGAGAAGAAUGGAUCUGUAUGAGAGACCAGAACUGUCUUUGGGCUCAUACGAGUUUAUUGCCACACUGGAUUACUGCAAGAAUAAUAAGCCUCCAAAUCCUCCUGCCUACAUCUUCAUGAUCGAUGUCUCCUACAACAACAUAAAAAGUGGACUUGUGAAACUAAUAUGCCAGGAACUGAAGACACUGCUUGACCGACUUCCAAAAGAGGAGGGAGCCGAGACUUCUGCUAUCAGAGUGGGUUUUGUCACCUAUAAUAAGAUCCUGCACUUCUAUAACGUGAAGAGCGCUCUGGCCCAGCCGCAGAUGAUGGUGGUCUCUGACGUGGCUGAGAUGUUUGUACCACUCCUCGAUGGAUUCCUCGUCAACUUCCAGGAGUCCCGAGCUGUCAUCAACAACCUCUUAGAUCAGAUCCCUGACAUGUUUGCUGAAUCCAACGAGAGUGAGACUGUUUUCGCACCCGUCAUCCAAGCUGGUGUGGAGGCACUAAAGGCAGCUGAAUGCAGUGGCAAACUCUUCAUCUUUCAGUCCUCCAUCCCAACAGCAGAGGCUCCAGGAAAACUCAAAAACAGAGAUGACAAAAAAUUAGUGGGUACAGAAAAGGAGAAGACUCUGUUCCAGCCUCAGCGGGGUGUGUAUGAGCAGCUGACUAAAGACUGUGUGGCGCAGGGCUGUUGCGUCGACCUCUUCCUGUUUCCUAACCAGUUUGUGGAUAUAGCCACGAUGGGAGAUGUGCCGUCACACACCGGCGGCUCCAUCUACAAGUACAGCAACUUCCAGGUGGAGGUGAAUGGUCAGCAGUUUCUCAGUGACCUCAGGAGAGAUGUGGAGAAGUCCAUCGGAUUCGACGGCAUCAUGCGUGUCCGUACUGGAACAGGCUUCAGGGCGACAGACUUCUUUGGCGCCAUAUACAUGAACAACACUACAGAUGUGGAAAUGGCAGCAGUGGACUGUGACAAAGCUGUGACGGUCGAGUUUAAGCAUGACGACACUCUCAGUGAGGAGUCUGGAGCUGUGAUGCAGUGUGCACUGCUCUACACCACCAUCGGAGGACAGAGGAGGCUGCGGAUUCACAACCUCAGUCUGAACUGCAGCUCACAGCUGUCUGAACUCUACAAGAGCUGCGAGACAGACGCCCUCAUCAACUUCUUCGCCAAGUCAGCGUAUCGGGCCAUACUCAACCAGCCACUGAAGACAGUGAGGGAAAUCCUGGUCAACCAGACGGCUCACAUGCUGGCCUGCUACAGGAAGAACUGCGCCAGCCCCUCAGCAGCCAGCCAGCUAAUCCUGCCUGAUGCGAUGAAGGUGUUUCCCGUCUACAUGAACAGUCUGUUGAAAUCUCCGACUCUAGUGGGCAGCACUGAGCUCUCCACGGAUGACCGGGCCUUCCACAGAUUCCUGGUCAAUGCGAUGGGAGUGGAGGAAACACAGGUCCUGCUGUAUCCACGCCUCAUCCCGCUGCACACUAUGGAUGUGUCCAGCGAUGCGAUCCCGGCUCCAGUGCGCUGCUCUGAGGAGCGGCUCUGCGAGUCCGGUAUCUUCCUGCUGGAAAACGGGCUCUACAUGUUCCUCUGGCUGGGACAGGCCUGUCCACCCGACCUCAUCCAGAACCUCUUCAAUGUGCCCUCUCUCGGCCACCUGUCCUCAGAAGGGCUGACAUCAUUACCUGUGCUGGAUAAUGCUCAUUCCAGGAAGAUCCAUUCAAUCAUCUCCAGCAUUUCACAGCGGAGGGCCACAUCUAUGAAGCUGCUGAUAGUGAAGCAGAAAGACCGAUUGGAGAUGUUGUUCCGUCAGCACCUGGUGGAGGACAAGGGUCUUCACGGAGGAGCGUCUUACAUGGACUUCCUGUGCUACGUCCACCGUGAGAUCAGGCAGCUACUUACUUAACUCACACUCACACACCGUUAAGUGUGUUACAGCGCACAGCCCUCUUCUCAUAUAACCUCUACAGCUGCCUAUGAAUAACGACCAAACUCUCUCUCUCUGCAGUUGAGUGUGAACUUUCUGCUUUAUUCCUCAGUGUUUGACGGGAGGGAAAUGGGUGUUUAGAUUGAACACAGCUCCCUGUUCUGAGGAACCAUUAUAUUGAGGGAUCGUCUCAGUGAUUUUCUUAAGUCGCUCACCAAGAUUACAUUUAGCAAAGGGAAACAUUUCUUUGAAUCCUUAAUGCAGCAGAAUGAAUAAAAUGUUCUCAUAAUGUCUAGAUUUGAGUGGAAAACAGUGUUUUCACAUGAAAAAUCUGUGCAUUGUCUAUUAAAUUAAUAGACUGAUUUGUCUGGAUGUAUGGAGUACAAAACAUGCUUUUUCUUCAUUUUAUGACUUCAGGGAUGAAAACAUCACACAAAACUGAAUUCUAGUCAUGAAAAAAUUGUCUUGCAAUGGAAUCACUGUCUGCUAUCCCAUUUUUGUUCAAAUAACAUCUUUGUCUUAAUUUUUUUACUUUUACUGUAAAACUUUAUUUUAUGCAUCAAUACUUCAGAAUGUUUAGAGGUACACCACUGCUUUUUAACAUCAUGCCCAUAAUAUUCAUUAAAUCAACUAGACUUUCCUGUAGUUAAGAGUAUAACUAUUAGACCUUCGAAGAAAACAUAUAUAUAUUUUAUAACUGAACGCUUACAAGGGGUGGAACAUCCCUUUUAUUUUGUUGCAGUUAAUGCCAGUCAUUAUUUGUUAUUCUUAACUUCAUACAGUUUUGCUGUUUGAGACAUUUCCAAUAUAAUAUGUUUUGUAAGAUUAGCGAUUAUUAUAAUAUAUUUGCCUUAUCUCUUCUGACUUUUAAUGGUACAUCUCUGGACCAAUACUGUAUAUUUUCUUACAGUUUGAGAUGGAUUUAAGGACUCGUAAGCAACUAUAUCUCAGGUCACAUGCAUCAAGUCUUUUGUACCUGUUCAUUAGUGCUUUGGAACGACACACGUGGUUCUUCGUUUUGAACACAGAAAGGAUUCAUUUCUGGAAGCUGAAGUCAGUCUGUCAUGUACAUUUCAAUAUAAAACCUUUAUACAGCUGUUUUUGAAUAAAGGUGUAGUCCCUGGUAA